GGCUGGCAAUUGUACAAUUCAAACAUGGCGGCACGAAGCGCCUUCAAGUUUGUUGAUGCCGCAGGCGGCGGUAGCACUGAGUAUGCAGCGCCAAACACGUUCGACUCGUUGCACCAUGGCAGCUCCAGCUCGGAUCUGUCGUCGUUGGUGGAUGACGUGGACCCCAGCAUAGCUGGCGGCUACCGCGUGGUGUACGACCGCGAAACUCCCUUUGAAUUGCGCAUCCAGGACUCGGACAACGCGCCGCAGCAAGUUGGGACAUUGGAAGCGAUUAAAGUCAAGAUUCUGUUGCUUGGUGACGAGAACGACCUAAAGGCGCUCAAGAUCGAGCUGUCGACCGAAACCGAUCUCUUCUUCUACUAUUCGCACGUGUGCGACCUCGAAGGGUUCCAUCUCGUUCAGGAACAACAGAAGCUCAUGGUUGACUUCUCCGAUUACGCGAACGUCCUCAUUCGCAUGCUCAACAACUGCAUAAAAGAGCCCCACAACCACAUUGCGGUCUACCUCAUGCAAGCGGAUGGCCGCGCCCGCCUUGACUUUAUCCAGAACAUGGAGUACAAGUUUGUCGAGCUCCUGUCCGUGGAUUUUGCGCGGUCGCCGGAAGAAAUCGUGCGCCAGCACAUUGCGUACCGCUACAACACGGUCAAGAACCGAGUCACGGCGCUUCAGUCGCGUCUGCACGAAGUGAACAACCUCGUCAAAGUCAAGAACCCUUCGUUGCUCUUGCAGUUGCAAAAAGCGCCUCCGCCAGCCGUGAACCCUCGUGACGCCACCACGGCGUCGUCGCGGAACCAUAGUCGAUUCCACUAACGUUUUUCACGAUAAACGUGCAUGUUGCGUACAUGCGAGCGGCGCCGACUUGCACCUACACUCGCCU